AUGAGUGCUGACCAUGUACCAUCUGCAACCGCCAUCAUCAAUGGACUCCAGAAAAGGGGCGGUGGAUUUUAUAUCCAUACUAGUGGAGCCGACAUUCUCUUGGACUUGAGGGCGGAAUAUCAGCGGCCUCCUGGCAAGAUACAUAUUUUUGAUGAUUGGGAUGGAGUUGCCGAACUCACCUCAUUACCUGACAACGCCGUUCAUCGUAACGUCGAUAAGAUUGUCUUAGCAGCAGGUUCCGACACAUUAAAGACUGCCAUUAUUUGUCCCUCAACUGUGUUUGGCAUCGGAAGGGGUCCAGUCUCCCGGGAAACGAAGCAAAUGCGUGAUCUCACCCGCCUCAUACUGAAGGAGGGCAAGGGGCUACAGCUGGCUGAUGGGAAAACGUUUUGGAAUUGUGUUCAUGUCCAUGACCUCUCUCGAGUCUAUGUUCGCCUGGUUGAAGAAGCGAUUUCUGGUCGAUCCCGGGCGUCAUGGAACUCCCACGGCUAUUACCUGGUCGAGAAUGGCGAAUUCUCUUGGGGGAGUGUCUGUGCCAGGAUUACUGAAGAGGCGCAUAGGCUGGGAGUUCUCAUAUCUGAUGAGACCCGAGUAAUUGAUAUGGAAAACAAGUCUAUCAUGGCUCCUGCUGGCCGUUCCGUGACAAAUUACACAGUAAAAGCCAGAGCACUCCGAGCUAGAAAGCUUCUUGGCUGGUCACCAUCUCAGUCCACAGUUGAGGAUGAGAUUCAGAAUAUUGUGAAAGAAGAGGCGAGUGCGCUUGGGCUGUACUAA